AUGGCAAGCCAUUUCGACGGUUAUGCGAGGGAAAUUCGAACGUUUACGCACCCAAAUAUAAACAACGGAUUUACUGCAAAACACGUUGCUAAUCCGGCAAGCGGCUACGACGGAAAUUCGAAUUUUCAUGCAGUGAUAGUUGUGUCACCGUGUUCCGCGAGAUUUUCAUUAAUUGGUGAUGAGGGGUCUGAAUGGUUCUGUGGUCGCGGUGGAGUUGAGUGUCCAUUUGGUUACCAUUGUGUGAUCCACCCUGACGAUGCUUUUGUUGUAUGUUGCCCAAAUACAGAAUGUGAAGACGGUGAAUGGACUAUUUGGUUCGAUAGAGAUAACCCAGGAACUACUGGGGACUGGGAAACAACUCAGGAUCUAAUAAAGCAAUUCGAAGAUAAAAUGUGUUCCAACCCAUCGGCGAUACAAGUGCAGACCUUAGAUGGCAUUCCUGCUGCUUAUAAUGGUGAAAUAUUCUCGCUCUAUUCACCUGAAGUGAGAUUUGUUUGUCAGAUGGCAGAUCAACCAGAUAACACAUGUCUUGAUUAUGAAGUUAGAUUCUGCUGCCCAGAACAGCCAGAUUGUGACAAGUUGACAAAAUGGUUUAACACCGAUGAACCACGUGAAGGUUCAGAUGCAGAUCGUGAAAUCACUGCCGUAAUCCAAGAUGAAUAUCCAAAUGAAAUGUGUAAAAAUCCGUUAUUCAUCCAAGUUGUUGUCGCCACCACUGAACAACCUUCAUCAAGCACCGGACAGGUAUUAAUACAUCACGAUGUCGAUCCUGGAUUUGUUUGUCUUGACAAAGAACAGCCAGCUGGUGACCAAUGUCAUAAUUACAAAGUUCGAUACUGUUGUGAUGAACAACCUGAUAAAUCCGGACAAUGCCCAAUGGUACCAUCCAUCGACGCUGUCCGUCCAAAGGGUUACUGCUAUUAUGAAUGUCAAGAUGAUACCGAUUGCCAGGGAAAGAAAAAAUGCUGUGCUUCUGGAAUAUGUGGCACCAUUUGUAUGGAUCCUGUGUUCCCUUCUUUCCAUGAGGGCGUGAUUUACCAGGAGGGCGAUGGCAGAAAAGAAGACUGCAAUACAUGUUACUGUACGAGCGAUGGAAUCUGGGCGUGCACAAAGAUUCUGUGUGGGGAUACAGUUAUCGAGGCAGUCGAGCUCGAGGCUACCGCUGAAAGACAAUAGACUGAGCUAACACUUGAUUGAAUUCAUCUAUUUAAGUUACCCUUUAAUCGGCAAACCCCUUCUUCGCAAAUAAACUAUACGAUCAAUAACUAUGGCUGGUUACGACAGCUAAUUAAUAUUCAAU